AUGUACAUUAAAAGGAUAGUAAUACAGGGUUUCAAAACUUACAAGAACACUACCAUUAUUGAGGAUAUAUCCCCUGAAUAUAACGUCGUUGUGGGAAGAAAUGGGUCAGGUAAAUCCAACUUCUUUGCCGCUAUCAGGUUUGUUCUCUCUGACGAUUACACUCAUAUGACUCGUUCCCAGAGGCAGAGUCUUAUCCACGAAGGGUCAGGCACGGUUAUGAGUGCGUAUGUGGAGAUCGUAUUUGAUAAUACUGACCGUCGGAUCCAGGUUGAUCAGAAUGAAGUUGUGAUCCGGAGAACGGUAGGUUUGAAGAAGGAUGAUUAUUCAUUGAACUUUAAAAGCGCAACUCGUUCUGAUGUGAUGAAUCUGUUGGAGAAUGCGGGUUUCUCUAAGAGUAACCCCUACUACAUUGUUCCGCAGGGAAGAAUCACAAGUCUCACAAAUGCCAAAGAUUCGGAACGUCUCAAACUGCUGAAAGAAGUUGCAGGGGCUAGAGUAUUUGAACAAAAAUUGAAAGAUUCCAUAAAGGAGAUGAAUGCUUCGCAGGUGAAACGUGAAAAGAUUGACGAGACUCUAGUAUUUAUUGAGAAAAGGUUAGAGGAUCUGAAUGCAGAAAAAAAUGAGCUGAAGAAGUAUGAGAAACUUGCCAAUCGAAAGAAAACUUUAGAGUAUAAUUUGUUUGACAAAGAACUUACUAAUGUGGAUGAGCAAAUAGACACUAUAGAUAUGCUCUCUACAACUGUUUCGGAGAAAUUUCAGAAGUAUUCACAAGAAUUAGAUAAGAACGAAGCAUCAGUUAAGGAAUUGAAUGAAACACUCACAAAUUUAAAAAAUACCAAAAAAAUGGCUAUACUUGAGAAACAGGGUAUCGAGUCUGAUAUUAAGGAAACUAUUAAGAGUAUCUCCCAACUGGAACUCGAUGCUAAUGAAUCCAAAGUUUCAAUAAAAGACUCAACUGGUCAAGUUACUUCGAACAAGCAACAACUAGUCAAAUUGCGCAAGAUCAUAAAAGAUAAAUCAGAACGCAAGGAUCAAAUUCAACCAGAGCUUCUGCGAAUUGGAAUCGAGGAGCAAAAAACGAAAAUAAAGCUGAACGAACUGAAGAAAGUACAAACAUUUAUUCUGAGCAAGCAAAGCAACUUUUCACACUUUAAAACCAAAGAAGAAAGAGAUUCCUGGUUGAAUGAUCAGAUUGCAAAAUGCAAUAAAGAUAUCGAGCGGAAUUCAGAACUUCUUUCGAAUCUGAAAGAGGAAUUAUCUACGAAAGAGAAAGAGCUGGCCACCAUUACUGAUAAACUAUCUUAUCUAGAAAAUACGUCUAUCAAAAGUUCUGAGAAAAGCUUGAAUGAAGCCAAUUAUGCUCUCUCUUCGAUCAAAUCGGAAUCAAGGGUUUUGAUGGAUGAAAGAAAGUCACUUUGGAGGGAACAAACGAAACUUCGUAACUUACAGUCCACUAUUGAAGAUAAUGUUACCGUUUCACAGCAGAAGGUCGCUCAAACAAUGGAUAGGUCUUUAGCAGUUGGGUUGGCUUCUGUAAAGAGAAUUGCAAAUCGUUUGGGGCUGAAGGGAGUCUAUGGAACACUUGGGGAGCUGAUUGAGGUAAGUCAUAAAUACCGUGUGGCAGCAGAAGUUGUCGGUGGGAACUCUUUGUUUCAUGUUGUCGUUGACAAUGAAAAGACAGCCAGCAUUAUCAUGGAGGAAUUAAUAAGAGAGAAAGCAGGUAGAGUCACUUUCAUGCCUUUGAACAGAUUAACUUCGAAAGAGAUAGCCUAUCCUAAUUCUAACGAGUGUAUUCCUUUGAUUAAGAAGAUUGAUUUUGAGGAUGCAUUGUUGCCAGCAGUGAAACAAGUAUUUGGAAGAACCGUUGUGGUGCUGAACUUGGAAAAAGGUGUAGAGCUGGCUUCUCAGUAUAGUAUUGAUGCCAUAACUCUUGAUGGUGACAAGUGUAACAAGAAAGGAGUCUUUACCGGAGGUUCUAGGGACUUUAGAUCCAGUAGAAUUGGGACCUUGAAAGAUCUCAGACAAGCCAAAAUUGAAUUGGAGGAGACAGAGUCAAAGAUUGACGAACUGGAUGAGAAACUCACGACCAAAGAAACAAUAAUAAACGACCUCAAUUUGAAAGUUUCUCAACUGCAUAAAGAAUAUGAAGCAAAAGCUCACAGUCACGAUGACCUGAGAAAGGAACUGGAUGAUUUGAGGACUGAAAAGCUAUCCGUUCAAAAGAAUUUAGAGAAAAUUCAACAAAAGAUUACUACUAGUGAACAGUCAGUCGAAUCCACUACCAAGGAAUUGGACAGGUUUGAACACGAAUUGCAAUCUACUUUUGUUCAGGUCUUGACGGAGGAUGAAAUCAGAAAAUUAGACCUAUUGAGUUCUGAAAUUCCUCUACACGAGUCAUCUUUGACAAAGAUAGUUACUAAACUGAGCGAUCUCGAAGUGCAAUUCAACAAACUGAAAUCGGAGUUGGAAAUGAAACUUUUACCAACCUUUGAAUCCUUAGAGAAAGCAGUGAAUCAAAGCUCUGCCAUACAGAAAGAUUCACAUUUGAAUGAUGCAGUACAAGAUAUAAAACAGGCAAAAAAGUCUUUGCAUCUUCUUGAACAAAAGCAAAAGGACCUAUUUUCCAAAUUGGAAUCAUAUGACUACGAUAUUCUGAACAAAGAACAAGAGCUAGAAAAUAUAAAUAAUGGGCAAAGAUUAUUGGUUAAUAAGCUGAAAUCAUUCAUGGAAUCUUCAGAAAAGAAAUUAAGUAGGAAACUGCUCCUUGUUAACCGACGUGACCAAAUCAACAAGAGUAUACGAGACCUCGGAGCCUUGCCAGAAGAGGCAUUCACUGAGUACAAGGAGUACAACUCCUCUGAGUUGAUAGGCCUAUUAAACAAAGUCAAUCAAGGUUUGAAACAGUUCAGUCAUAUCAACAAGAAGGCCUGGGAUCAAUACAAUAGCUUUGCUAAAAAGCGAGAUGAGCUAGUCCAAAGAAGAGAGGAACUUGACUCUGCAAAAGAUUCCAUCGAAGAUCUCAUUCAAGUAUCGGAGCAGAGAAAAGAUGAAGCCAUUCUGAAUACAUUCAAGAAGCUUUCUGAAGCGUUUGCUCAAGUUUUCGAACUGCUAGUGCCAAAUGGUAUGGCUAGACUAGUCUUAGAAAAGAGAGAAUCAAUUCAGGAAAAGGAACACCCGCAGAGCAAUAAGAUGAACAAUCCAGGUCAUUUUGAAAAUGAUGGCGACAAUGAACCUGACAUAGAGACUUAUUCCGGAGUGUCUAUUUCUGUAUCCUUCAACUCUAAAGGUGAUGAACAGCAAAGAAUCGAACAGCUUUCUGGUGGUCAAAAAUCUCUAUGUGCAAUUGCGCUCAUCUUCGCCAUUCAAAAAUGUGAUCCAGCACCGUUUUACCUUUUUGACGAGGUUGAUGCCAAUCUGGACACUCAGUAUAGAACUUCCGUGGCUAGACUGAUCAAUCGACUAUCAAGGGAGAAUGCUCAAUUCAUCUGUACUACAUUCCGACCAGAGAUGAUUCAAGUAGCAGACAAAUUUUAUGGUGUUAUGUUUAACAAUAAAGUCUCUGAAGUGUCCGAAAUAAACAGAAAUGAAGCGAUGAAUUUCAUCGAAGAUCAACAACGUGUUUAA